AGAGCGUUGUGGACAAGAGAACACUGUGGCCUUACUGCCAGAUGGUGUCUGAACUAGACAGACCUAUUGCUGGAUAUGCCAAUCUGUGUCCCAAUAUGAUCUCCACUCAAGCUCAGGAGUUUGAAUUGAUGCUGUCCACAGUCAAACACGAGAUCAUACAUGCCCUGGGUUUUUCUGCUGGGCUAUUUGCCUUUUACCAUGAUGAUGAUGGCAAACCUUUGACACCAUGUUCUGCCAGUGGCAUACCUGCUUACAAUGAAAGUUUAGGGUUAUAUCAGUGGAGUGAAAAAGCAAUUAAAAGAGCAACUCGGUUGUGGGACAUCCGUGGUGGUUGCAUGGUGCGACACAACGUCCAUCUUCUGGUCACUCCACGUGUAGUGGUGUCUUGCGCAGCCCAGGGCUUGUUGGUUUGGGUGCAGAACAAGUUGAUGUGUUUCCUUGUAGGAUCCUUGUUCCGGCUCUUCCUACUUGGUGAACUUAUGGCGGCUCCUGUUAACUCUUACUCCAGUGCUGGCGGGCUUUCUCCUCUGUGUCAGGGACUGCAUUUUUACUCCUGAUUGUGACUGGUGGAUACAGGUGCCUUGCUGCCAUAGGCUUCCCUUGAGGUUUAGUUGCCAUGGACAGCAAAAUGAAGAUCACUUCCGUAGUGUAUUCUGCGAUCCGGUAACCCUUGCGGAUGUGUGCACUGUCGAAGUGAUUGAAAAGCCAUUAAUUGCACUCCUGUGCCCACCCGGCUGUCAGGUAGAUCAAAUGAGAAGCCAUAGUCAUGCCAGCUGCAGCAUGGUUAUGGAGGUGCUAAUUAACAUUCUCUCAGACUCUGAUGGACCUGUUGCAUUUUUGGUCAUAAAAUAAGCAUUUGGUUGAGAAUGAUGGGAGAUUUUGAACUUGAUGGCAAUCGUUUUGAUAAGCAUAUUGCAGGAUAUGUGACUAAGUGAAGAUACUUGAAUUAAUUUGCAUGGAUUCCUAGUGAGAUUUCUGUUAAGGUCAGUGCAAGCAAGACUUACUGAUAAAUUAUGAUUGCAUUUGUUUACAUCAGAGGUUAAAUUGGGCCGGAGCGCACCGGAGCGCAGCUCCGCCUCCUCAGGUCCACAACACUCCCUGCCGGAGCUCAGCUCCGUCUCCUUCAGCACCAAAUAUUGUUAUUCCACUUAAAUUAUUUUUCAUCUCCUGACUCCUGGCAAAUACAUGGCAUAUGAGACUGAAUAAUUAGCAAGACUACACAGAGACACCCAGGCUACAUGGAAUUAUCAGACGUCAUAAAUGCAUUAAUCGCUGGUUCAGCACCCCGCCCACAACCAUCAAGGGAAAACUGUCACAAUUCUAAGACAGCGACGUUACUAUGGAAACCCGCUAACGGCUAGAGCGAUCGAAUAUAAAAAUAGCAUGUAGCUAGAACAUGUUAUAUAACUAAAGCAUGUUAGUUUACAUGUUAAAUGAACUACUAAAUGAAGAAUAACAUCAGCUGCGUGAGCAUCUAAAGUAAUAUAUUGAUUUUUAACAGUUUGCAUAUACUGUAGGUGCACGACAGUGACGCCAGACUGCUCCUGUCUGUACAUGAGCAUGAGCCCAUUAUUAUCCCAUUUGUUACCUAAUAUUUAUACACAUAUUACACAGAAGGAAAGGCUCCUCAUUACCAUGGUUAGGUCAGUGUGCUAGUCUUAACAUUGUAAUGCUUUUGAGAGCCAAUGUUCUGCAUUUAUUUGGUUUUUGUAACUUUUAAGGCCAGAAAUAGUUGUGUACUCAAUUUUCUGAAGUGUAUCUGUGACUAAUGGGACUAUUCUGCAAUUACCUAAAGUAUUAUAUUGCUCUCAAAGAUAGAUACUUUUCUAUCAGGCAUUACAAACCUCAAUAAAGGUGGAGAUUAUAAUUUUUUUUCCAACUCUA